AUGAUAUCGACCACCCUCAUGACUUUCCUGCUGAUCACCAACCCCGAAAUCCGAUCAGUCAAGCUGCUCGGAUCAUGGGACAAUUUCUCGAAGCCUUAUGCCAUGGAAAGGGACAAGCGGAUUGGGCCUGGACAUUGGAAAGGAUGCCAUACCUUUACGGAUAUCAUGGGCGAUGGGCCCGGUGACACCCCCCAGUGGCGUACGGGAGGCCUGAAGAUGGGUGCGACUUACUGGUACUACUACUUGCUGGAUGACGACGUGGAACACUUCAAUGAAGUAGAGCCCGUCACAACCCAAUGUCCCCUGCUCCCAGGACAACCACUCAAUAUACUCAAUGUGCCCAUCAUGAUGCCCGACAGUCGCUCUCAUGGAAGGUCAAGCAGUAACAGCUCGCAAAAGUCCGAUUUUCGAACUAUGAACCCGAAAGACAAAUUUAUGAAUCCGCGGAAGCCACCGAAGCCUUCGCCAACGCGUCUGCAGACCUCCGCGGCGAACCGCCAGCCCUUUAUGGACCCCAAUAGUGUCUCGCCCGGUGGCUCAAUUCAUCGUAGUGCUUCGCAGCCCAUGAGUGCCAAGUACGGAAAGCACACGAAGAACGCACGCUCUGUCUCCCCCGCAUUCCCUGAGAUUCGCCAUGCGUUCCGAUCUCCCAAUCGGUCUCCCAAUCCAAUGGAGAUGGAAAGCCAUAAACAGGCCUUGUCAAGAUCGAAGACACACGCUGGAACUCCACGGAAAGAGCGGUUCUUCGAAGACCGCCGUGAAAUUCCUGGCAUUAAAGUCAAUGCCGGCCCUGUAUCGCCCGCAACUAUCAAAGAGAUUCCUGGUCCCUCGACUAUUCAAAGUCGCCGGGCGAUGAAAAGUGCUGGCAGCUCAGGACAUGGCAAGGAUCUUCUUACAGUGGAUACUCGAACGCAUCGUCGCCAGAACAGUGCUUCCAAGGGACACAUCGAAACGCAAGCUACCAGGGACGCUAUGUCCAGCGGAACGAACUCGAGUGAUACACCGACGCCAACAGGCCCAGACCCCCAAGAAAAACGACUUCCUUCGCUUCCCAAUACGCCAUCAUCCGUCAUGGAUGAGGCGGUUCGUGCUAUUGACGAAAGGGAUAAGGAGAUGGACGCACAGGCCCUGCGCAGCCACUUCUCAAGUAUUACGACGGUGGCCGACGAGUCGACCCAUUCUCGCGUCCCAGAGCAAAGCCGUUUCUCGGAGUGGAGUACCGAUACCGAGACAGAAGGCGAAGACAACUCACCCGAGUCGAUGAUCUCUACAUUGACGUUCAAUGGACCGAACGAGUCCUCAGCCUUGGAGGAAUGGAAGACACCAGACCUGGCGCAACACGACACCGCCUAUAACACCGACCCAAACACACCGCACCUCACUGUGCAUUCUAAGCCAUCAUCCCCAAACUCCGCGUCUGGCGAUGUUCCAGCGUGGAACCUGAAUUCCCUCCCCCAACUCACCAUCUCAAUUUCCUCAUCUCACGGCUCGGGCCUUGGAAUCGAGCCAAUGGAAAUGGAAGAGGUAGAAAGCAACCCAAAGCGCCACGCCGCCCUAUUCAGCGCCAUCGAGUCCAUGCAGGCACUCUCCCUAUCACGCAGCCCAGACGGGUCACCAAUCAUCCUUCCAGAGAUGCAAGGACCGGAGGGCGAACAUGAUGAUACGGAUAAGCAGAGGAAGAACGUGCGCUCGCAGCAUAGUAAUGCAUCGCUUCGUGACAACUCGACCAUGCGGGAGAUGUUGGAUGAAGUCAGUUACCUGAAAAACAUGAUCCAGGCUGAGAUGGACGGAGAACCAUUUUAA